CACACAUCUCUCACUUGCCUCCAGCUCGGCUACAUGGAGCAAACGCGGACUAAUACAAACCGGGGCUUACGCCAGAUAUCUUCACUCAUAAAUCAGUUGGGCUGGGCCCGCGCGAGUGCACACGCGCUCCAAACACUUUUAACGGAUGCGCCAGGACGAUGAUUCACAUCCCCGGGCCACACCCGUAUUGGAACGGAUCGUGAGUAAACAAAUCGUCAUUAAGGAACGCGACAAAGCGCGUGUGACUCAUUGCAAUAUAUAGCCCACUUUUACUCUACGGCAUGGUUUAAUGUGUUGUCACCAGUCAAAGAAUUCCAGAACUCAGCAAGUCAUAAGAAAAACGAAUCAUGACAAAGCUUGGCAGGAAUGUAUAGACAGCUGAUAGUCAAUAACCUUCUGACCAAGAUUGGACUUCACAUUGCCAAGGCAGAUGAAUAUUUAACAGUGUGCAGUAGCCUACUACAUUAUCCAUCCAUUUUACUAAUCAAUGAAUUAACAAUGCAUUAUUAUUAUUAUUAUUAUAUAGGCUGUUCUAUAAUAGCCUAUCCAACGUGUUCAUCAUAAUUUAGUUAAUAAGCUUGAAUAUUGGUGUUAAAACUGCAUAUGAUUCAUCCUGUUUAUCAGCGAAACAAACAGGUUUCCGCUGAGCCAAGAGCCAAGCUGAGAUCCUCUCUCUCGGCUUGGGACAACUCCGAUAUUAUGAAUGACUGGUGUGGGUGCACUCGUAGCCGAGGCAUAACCUCUGAUUGGUUCACCAGACAAUCACAAUGUGGGAGAGCUGCCGAGGAGGAGGGGACACAUUUUACAUGUGGGUGUUACGCAGCGCGCGCCGAUUGGAUAACGACCACUAACGCACACCAUAAUGCUGGCACGAUUGGAUAUUCCGGAUGGUGGGCGGAUCUAAAAGGCAUGAAGCCCUCACGUCUCGUAACAUAUUUGUCAGUACAAUUUGCUAUGAGCUUUGAGGGAACGAAAGAAAGGGAAAGAAGUAGUCCACAAAAGCUUCGGCAGUCUGUCUGUUUAAAGACUGAACGGGGUUUACGUUGUCGGAAUUACAUUUUCGGAAUAUAGCGUAUGCUUAAAAACUUGAGAUAAGCGGGACUCGAGUACAAACUAGCAUUUUUCCCUUUAGACGGAUUGCUCUCUAGCGAUAUCCAUCUAAAUCGGCUGGUGGACUAUGGAAUCUGGACUCACACUGGUCUGUACUCAAGCUUGAACUGUAAAGAAUUGGAGAGUGACUAGUUGGAAUACACUGAACUGGGCCUUCGGAGACAAGCACACCACGAAGACUUAUUUCACUUUGCAAUUGGAACCACAGACGGGGAGAACCUCGCACGUACAUAAUAGGGACAUUGGCCUGCAGUUACUCUACUAUCCCCAGUCUUGUCCACUCUCUGUUCUUAAUCUUCCGGUCACGGAGCGCAGCGCAUGGACCGGCACCCAGACGCCCGCAGUUGUAGCUGUGCCAUCCUCGGAGCCACGUCCUGUUGCCCCCGUCUUGUCUCAAGCGAACCGUCCAUGAAUUUGUCUAUUAAGUCGACCACCGGCACGCGCUUUGAGCUCUCUCUUCCACGCGAGGAGACUGUGGAAGGACUAAAGAGGAGGCUCGCACAAAAACUCCGGGUCCCCAAAGAAAGGCUCGCUCUUCUGCACAAAGACACGAGGUUGACCUCGGGACCACUGCAGGACUUUGGCGUUGUGUGCGGGAGUAAACUGACCCUGGUGCCGUCAGUGGAAAGUGGUUUGAUGUCGCAGUCAUCCAGACCCGAGCAGUCAAUCAUGCAGGCGCUUGAGAGUCUCACGGAAACUCAGGUGAGUGAUUUCCUGUGCGGUCGCUCUCCCCUGACCCUGGCGCUGCGUGUGGGCGAUCACAUGAUGUUUGUCCAACUCCAGUUGGCGGCGCAGCAGUCAGGCAGCCAGCAGCCACCCCACAGGCACACGUCCAGGGGUCCUUCAGGCACGCACGGGGCAGCCGCAGGGUCCUCGCCAACAGGAAGUGGCCAUGGCCCCCUCAGGUCCCCUGUGCAUACACAGGAGACAGCGAUGCCAGGGGUCAGUGAGGCUCCUCCGCGGUGCCCAUCUGCUACGCCCGGCUCCCACAGCACUGCCACACCCUGCCCACAGACUGAGGGCAGUUCUACGAGCACUGCUACUGGAGGCCAGGCCCGUAAGCCAGGGGCCGUCAUCGAGAGCUUCGUCAACCAUGCCCCCGGAGUCUUCUCUGGAACAUUCUCAGGUACCCUGCACCCCAGUUGUCAGGACGUUAGUGGACGUCCACGUCGUGACAUCAGCACCAUCCUGCAGAUCCUCAACGACCUCCUGAGCGCCACACGCCACUACCAGGGUAGUGCACCCACGCCUGCCGCAGUGCCCACUCUGUGCCAUCUGAGAUGCCCACCUCGACCUCGAGCGCACUCCUCCACCUCCUCCUCUCCUCCGCCAUCGCCCUCUCCAUCCCUCUCUCCACCAGCCUCCCCGCGGGCACACACACACUCACACACAGCCGGACUGCAGCAACAACACGCCAGGACCACUGGCUGCGAGCGGGAGCGCCACUGGGAGAACCGAGCGACACGCUGUAAGGUAGAGCGGCUCCAGAUGCUCCUCCAGCAGCGUCGGCUCCGCCGCAAGGCUCGCCGCGACACCCGCGCCCCCUACGCCUGGUCGCCCAGCAACCGCAGGGUGGCACGCAGCCACAGCAGCAGCAGCGCCGCCUCCUCCUCGUCCUCCUCGGCGGCGGCCCCGGAUGGGGACGCAGCCUCUCUGGAGCUGGAGUACGAGGACGCCGCGUGGAGGCCCGAGGGCCCACCCACUGACCUCAGCAGCGAGGUCAUCAUGGCCUGAUGGAGGAAUGGGCGAGAGAGAGGGAAGAGAGAGAGGGAUGAAGGGUGUUGUGGAGAGGAGGGAUACAGAGAUGACGAGCAGAAAGAAAGAAAGAAAGAAGAACAAAGGAACUACAUGGGACAUUGCUAAUGCUGGAUGAGACUGGAAUAGACCAGCGGCUGGCUCUGUGUGUGUGUGUGUCUCUGGGAUGGAAGAGUGCCACUCACACAACAACCUGUUGACCUCAUAAUGAUAAAAACACAAAUGUGCUAUACACGCACACACACACACACUGGCCUUUCUGGGGUUGACAUUUGGUUCAUUGAAUGCUGGACAAAUAGACUGCACCCUCUGUUUGUGUGUGUCUGUGUGUUUUUGUGUUAGUUGAUUUAUUCUUGUGUAACUUUGUGUUUGUGUAUGAUUUAAGAGCACACAUGUUCGCUACACACUUCAACUGGACUCCCAAUAGAACAGGAUGGUACUGAACUGACCGUUCCUCCCUGGGCAUUGACAGGACAAUAGAACAGGACAGUACUGAACUGACCGUUCCUCCCUGGGCAUUGACAGGAUAAAGUCAAUGCCUUUAUGUCUCAUUCAGUCUCAGCAGACGUGCUCUGCGCUUCUCAGUACAACCACAGUUAUUAGCAGUAAUAUUAUUAUUAUUAUUAUUCUUUGUAUUAUGUAUUAUUAAUAAUAAUUUGUUUGAAUGAUUUAUUUGUAUUUUUUACAUGGUGUUAUUGUUGAUGUCGUCACUGUAUGUUGUGGUUACAGAUAUGUAGCAUUAAUAUCUAGCCAAGAUUCAGGUUAUGUUACUCCCAGUUCAGACUAGAACAACGUUUUUUGGCACAUUUUGCCAUUUUGUCUCUGGGAAUCUGUUUGAGCAUUAUGAUUUUUUAUUUUUUAUUUGUUUGUUUGUGUCAGAGAUUGUGAUCAAUAGCAAGUGCUUUACAGAGGGAUAAAACCUCUACCUGCUCUCUGUUUCUCAUUUGACUUUUCUAUUUAGCAUUGGUAAAAAAAACGUGACCAGCAAAACACAUAAUUUAUUGUGAUAAUAAAGAUUAAAUAAUGAUGAAAU